CUGUAAACAAACGAAACAAGACGUUACGAUUCCGCUCCACGCUCUUAAACUCAGUUGGACCACGUCUCUAAUACAGUCUCCCUUAAGCACGAAGCAAAAUAGCACAACAUUCUCAAGACUCCAAACUCAUUCGAAUUCACUUUGUCAGAUUCGCUAGCCUUCCGAUUUACUGGGGAGAUGAAUCAAAAGGGUUUGAUAUAUAGCUUUGUUGCGAAAGGAACUGUGGUUUUAGCAGAACACACAUCGUAUUCUGGGAACUUUAGUACCAUAGCCAUUCAGUGUUUGCAGAAAUUGCCUUCUAAUAGCAGCAAGUAUACGUAUUCGUGCGAUGGCCACACUUUUAACUUUCUCCUCGACUCUGGAUUUGUAUUUCUUGUUGUUGCAGAUGAGUCAGUUGGGAGGAGUGUGCCCUUUGUGUUUCUUGAGCGAGUGAAGGAUGACUUUAAACAGCGAUAUAGUGCUAGUGUUCAGAAUGAGGGUUCGCAUCCACUUGCCGAUGAUGAUGAGGAUGAUGAUUUGUUUGAGGAUCGAUUUAGCAUUGCAUACAAUCUUGACAGAGAAUUUGGGCCGAGGCUUAAGGAGCACAUGCAAUAUUGUGUGAACCACCCAGAAGAGAUAAGCAAGCUCACGAAAUUAAAGGCACAGAUAACUGAGGUCAAGGGGAUUAUGAUGGACAAUAUUGAGAAGGUUUUGGAUCGCGGCGAGAGGAUAGAGCUACUGGUGGACAAAACAGAAAACCUUCAGUUCCAGGCUGACAGCUUCCAGAGACAAGGCAGGCAACUACGGCGGAAAAUGUGGCUUCAGAAUCUCCAAAUGAAGCUGAUGAUAGGAGGUGGAAUUCUUAUCCUGAUCCUCAUACUUUGGUUUAUUGCCUGUGGAGGAUUAAAGUGUUGAUGGGGACAAAUCAAAACCUAGCUUUGAUAGCAUUCUCCGUUUGUUUUCGUUCAAUGUACAAAAAUAUAAAAAUGAAAAAGUUUAUGGUCCUGUAUAUGGCCACUGGAGCUGAUACUGUAGAAUCCAAUUAUCUCUGUCUGUACUACCUAAUGGCUUUGUUAAUUCUGUAGAGGAUAUGAUUUUGUAGCAUAUUCUGGUGAAUAAGUGACAAAUUUUUGUAUGAUUGG